CACCUUUACCGGUCGCAAUAGCUAAAGAGAGGAAUUUAAAGCCCCAUUUCUAGGAAAUUUAUUUCGAACUGGAAUCGUUAAAUUUAGGCAUGCGCACUGACAGUUUAGGGUGCGGCCCAAAUAAGUUUGCCGUGAGGUAAAUUUUUCGGCAACGAUGCCGAAAAAGUUAGGCGGGCUCAGGGAUUACCUAUCCGGCGUGGCGAAUUCUUGUUCUUAGACUUGGCGACACUAAGGGCUCAUUAUUUACGACUCGUAGCCUUGUACACUUUCUUAAAGCAAGAACACACAAAAGCAAAUGAUAGUACUCCAAAUUAAAGUUACCAAUCAUGGUUCUGUAUUUUGAUGCAGUGGCUAGGCAGGGAUAUUUGGCGAUUUGGAGUACAUAUACAGCCUUUCGACAUUGGAAUGUCCUUACGAUCGACGAGACAUAUCUUCGCAAAGCUCAUGGAUAAAAUAGACGUGAGCCUAUAUUAUACACGUUCUGCAUGUUGAAUUGGCAUGUUAAUUCAAUUUGGAGUCGAAUAACCCCCAAUAUAAUAAGGGGGACGGUGGGGGGAGGGGGAGGGGGUGUCAGAAUCUUCCGCUUCCUGUACCCUGCUCUCUCGCUUCCCGAACCUUUAUCUCCCGACUCCCACCCUUGUCCGUCUAGCUCCCGUCCCCUGUGAAAAAGGUCGGAGGCACAAAACACAUCCUAUUCAUUUAGCUGCGCAAUCCUUAGACGUUUCCUUUUCCUUUUUCCUUCCUUGUUCCUCUUACUCUUAAGGGUUUCCAAUUUUACCAGAGGUAAGCUUCAGGGCGAAUUUUCGUUUUUCCGUCGGCUUAGAAUUCUCAAAAUAAGCUAAAUGUAAGUCACUGUGUAAUUAUGUAAUUUGUUUACCCACGGAGCACCAAGGAGUUCGCAAGAAGUCGUUCAGAAAUGCCCGUGCAUUCCAGGAUCGAAUAAGUCAAAUAACAUUUUGAGUUCUUGUUUUUGAAAGUAUUUUAACUCAUAAUAAAUGAUUCCAGCCUUCUUAGAACUCCCACUUCCCGCCCCUUCCUCUCCCGCCUUCCGCCCCCUACUCUUCCAGGCUCCCGACUCAAUACACAUAAAGGCUUAAUGUGAAAGCCAUCUUUUUAGGCUAACUACCGCUAACCGGAAUGCUACUGGAACUUAAAUGUUGAUUUUAGCUGACUUUGCAACCUGCAACCUUGCAUUUUCAGCCUCAUUCUCAUGUACGCCUGGCUUAGCCACCUGGCCUUACCACCCACUCCACAUUAAAAACGUCAUUUCCGGACGGAAGUCCCGAUCCUACUCGCCGAUUUUUAGCAAUGUUCAAAUUCCAGUGCGGCGGGCCCACAGUGCUCCACAUUACCUUACAGUAGGAUUCAGCAAGAAAUCCGGAAAAGUAUUUUAUUUGGGCAACAUCGUGCAUUCAACCGAAGCAUCUUAUCACCGCAGCCAAGUGAUCAAAAGUUCUGCAUUUUAUGAGUGCAUUGUUUUGGCGCGAGAAUUCGAGCCACAACAUGCUGGAAAUGGCGUCUAAAUCGAGUGUUACAGUUGCCGUGUCAGUGAGACCCUUGAACGAGAGAGAACGUGAAAAUGGCGAGGAACGGGUGGUGUGGACACGAAACGAUGAAGUUCGAGUGCUCAAUCCAGAAAGUAAGAAAGAGAAAGUAUUUAAAUUUGAUCACACGUUCUGUAGCGAACCGAAUGGAGACAGCGAACCGAACACAGAGAUUUUGGAAGAUGUUGGACAGUUUGUACUUUCGUCAUGUUUUGGUGGUUAUAAUACUUGUGUGGUUAGUUAUGGAGCAUGUGGCAGUGGUAAAAGUUUUGUUAUGUAUGGAACUGAUAAAUUUGAAGGCCUUACGUCUUGGAUUUGCAAGAGUCUUUUCAAAAGGGCUUCUGGAUAUGAAGAUGACACGUCAUUCAGAGCUGAAAUAAGUUUUCUGGAAAUACACAAAGAAUUUGUUAAGGAUUUACUGGGAAGGAGAAGGAACUGGCAGGACUCAUUAAGAGUUCGUGAACACCGUGAACUAGGUGUGUAUGUUGACAAACUGACUAAACAUAUUGUUACAGACAUAAAUGAAGUAAUAGGCUUGAUUGACAAAGGAAGGAAGAACAGAUCAAUAUGUUCCAGGGCUUCCAAUUCGUUUUCUAGUAGUUCACAUACAAUUUUUACCAUAAGGUUUACCCAGGCACGUCUUGAGGGUGACUUGCCAUGUGAAAUGGUCAGUGUCAUUCAACUUGUGGAUUUGGUGGGAAGCAAGAGCAUCCAUAAUGAGUGCGGUGACAACUGUUCUACUGCAGCUGAUGCUGACAAAUCACUGAUGGCAUUAGAAAGAGUCAUGUCAACAUUAGCAAGCCAAGACUCAGAGUUGGGUCCCAGUGCAGCUACUGUUCCAUACAAGGACUCUGCACUGACAUGGAUACUGAAGGACUGCUUUGGUGGAAAUUGUAAAACUGUAAUGUUAGCAGCUGUGUCACCCUCUGCAUCAUGUCAUAAUGAGACACUUAACACCUUGAGGUUUGCAAACCAGGCCAAAAACAUUGUGAAUGUUCCCCAAAUAAAUGAGGAUUCUAAUGUAAAAUUGAUUAAAGAACUCCAGUUGGAAAUACGCAGUCUCAAGGAGACGUUAAAGAGUGACAAUGUUCCUAAUUCUCUAGGAGUUGAUAAAGCGGAGAGAAAACUACAAGAAAAUGAAGACCUGAUGAAGCGACUGACGGGCAUUUGGGAAGAAAAAUGGAGCAAAACUCAAAAGCUCAUCGAGGAACGCGCCCUUGCCGUUACGGAGCUGGGCUCCGCGCUCAAGUUUGAAACUGAAGAACCUCACUUUGUGAGCCUUGGUGGAGGAAGACUAAGUAUUGGUGUAACUCUUUGUCCAAUUAAAAGAGGGAAAACGGUGAUCGGUGUUUUAACAGAAACAAGCAAACCCGACAUUCAACUGAGAGGGAGAGGAAUAGAACCUGAGCACUGUAUAGCGGAAUACAAUGGCGACGCAGUGGUUCUGUAUCCUAAAGCAGCAAUGUGUUCUGUGGAUGGAAUUCCUAUCUCGGAGCCAACCAGGCUACCGCAAGGUUGUAUGAUUUGUCUGGGAAAGUCAAAUUACUUUCGGUUUAAUAAUCCCAGAGAAGCGAAGAGGAUCAAGGAAUCCAACCCAGGAAACCGAUUUUCCAUCGUUCCUGACCAGUACUACCCAGAUGUGGAGCUUGCCAUUGAGCAAUACAAAAAAGACAAGCAAGAAAGGGAAAGACUAGAAAAGGAAAACGAACGUUUGUUGUCUCUGGAAAGUGAGUACAAAGAUGCUGUUAAGCGAAUUGAGUUUGAAAAGACAGAACUCGAAGAAGAACGGCGCCAGCUCCAAGAAAUGGAACAACAGCACAAGGAAGCCGUUAAUAGCUUUGAAGAAGAAAUAGCAGUACAAAUCAAGGAACUGGAAAGACAGCGAGAAGAACUGCAACAUUUUGAAGAAGAGAAAGAAAAACUGAUCAUGCUUCAAGAAAAAUACGAAGAGAAUGUCAGAAAGCAAGAACUCGAACGCUCAAACAAGGAAAAGAGACGACAAGAAGAAUACGAGCGAUUAAAGGUAAUGAAAGCAAAGCUGGAAGGGGAAGAAGGAACAGAGAAGGAAAGAGUGGCCAUCGAAGAGUUGAGGCAACAGCUAGCGCUUCAGGAGUUGAGCAGUUUAGAGGAAGAGGUUCUUACUUACGAGCGCCAGCAACUUGAUAGCGAACUGAUCGAGGAUGAAAGAAAGAAACUUGAGGAGAUGAAGGACAGACAAAGUGAGGUCAUACAACAACUGGAGGAGGAACUGAACGCCCAGAUCAAGAUGUUAAAAGAGGAAAGGGAAAAAGAGAAUAAUAAGAUUAAAAAAGAAAAGGAGAGGAUUCAGUUGUUGGAGGAACAGCAACAACAAGCCCUGAAACGGAUUGAGCUCGAGAGAAAACGACUCGACGAAGAACGCGAAGAAGAGAAGAUGAGACUUCAAGAGGAGCACGAGCGAUUGAACAAACUAGAACAAGAACGGUUGGAAGUGCUGGAGAAUGCAGCCCGGGAGCAGGAGCAUGAAAAACAAAUGAUUGAAUCAGAGAAAAGGCGGCUUGUGGAACUCGAGGAAAAGCAUGCUCAAGCCAUGAAGGAAAUAGAAGAUACCAUGAUUUCAAAACAGGACAAGAUGGAACGUGAACGCCAAAUCGAAUUUGAAUUUUUUGAAACUGAGCAGCUUUUACUGGAAGAGUUAGAGCAGAAACAGCGGGAAGCGGCCGAGCAAUUAGAACGAGAGAGAGAAGUGAUUCGACAGCAAUUCGAGAAGGAAAGAGAGGAAGAAAGAAGGGAACUCCAACGAGAGCAGAGGCGCUUUCGAGAUUUACAAGUUCAGCAGCAGGAGACACUUCAACAAGCGGAAGAAGAAAGACGGCGUCUCCAAACGGAACUUAAGAAUCAAAGAGAACAAAUGCGUAAAGAGAAGUCGCGUUUGAUUAAUCUUGAGAAAGAGUACAAGAAAAUCAGAAGCAACGGCUCAGAUUCUCCUUUGAUUCUGUCAGCGUUAAACAUGCGAGAUAUAUCGCAGCUCGGAAAAGGUUGCACUCUUCAGGAGCGAAAACAGCGUUUGGAGAAUGAAAAGAGGCGACUGAUAGAGCUGAAGAAAGAAGCAGAAAGCCUUUGGCAUAACGCUAAACAACAAGACAGCAACGAAAGCGGUAGCAGUGGAGACGAGAUAACCAAAGACCAAACGCGCAAGCUUGAACUAGAAAAGGAGAAACGAGUAGAGCUGGAGCGGCAGUUAGCUGAACUCAAACAGCAGAAGAACAACACAAACAUCACAGACAAUGGCGACAAAAUCAAAGAACUUGAACAAGCUCUAGGACUGGAACGGGUAAGAAGACAGGAGAUGGAAAGGAUCCUCUCUGAAAAACAGAAGCAAGAAGAACUUGAGAAAGUUGCAGCGGCCGACAGAGCUCGUAAAGAGAUGAUGACGGAGAAGGCCAUUCAAGAAAGACUUCCUGCAAAGGUUAAAAAUGGUUCUUCUCACCACGACAUCAACCUUGUGCAGCACUUGGUCUCAACAGGUCACGUGUUAGAAAACUGCCCAUCAGUGCGCGUGACAGCCAGUGCGUGUAAAGGCUACCUGUCAAAACUGGGAGGAAAGCUCAUCAAGUCCUGGAAAAAGCGUUGGUUUGUUUUGGACAGACAGAAGCGUGCCCUGUGUUACUACUCUGACGAACAUCAACGUGUGCCCAAGGGUAUUGUUUAUUUCCAGGCCAUACAAGACGUGUACGUAGAUUUGCCCAACUCGCACAAAGGCUCCUCGACAAGAACAGCGUUUUGUGUUAAAACUCCCCAAGAAACAUACUAUGUUGCGGCUCCUAGUGGUCUUGCAAUGAGCAUAUGGAUUGACGCUAUCCUCACGGGUAGGGAGGGGGCUAAUUUCUAUGACUGAACGAGUCGCAUUCGUUUAAUAUCCUACUUUUAUAUUGAUCGUUUUUUAAGACUAGGGAUUUGGAACAGAUAACGCUUCCUUUAGUAAAAAUGUUGCUGAGCUACAAAAGGCGUCCCUUGGCCAGUUGGCCAAUAUUUAUAUCGGACACCUUGAUGGAUGAUUACGACUUCGUAUUGCUGUUUGAAGUUUAGAACUGCUACCAAAUCACGUUAAAUUUAUUUUAAUACCUGAAAUCGUGCCCAGAAAAUGUCAGCGUUUUCUAGCCUCGUGUGCCUUUGUUUAUAUUGUUUUGUGUCAGUUGUAAUGUACACAGCGUGACAAGUUUUUACUUGGGUUCGGUUUGUUUGUUUGUUUGUUUGUUUUUUUCUUUGUUUCAAUUAGUUCUACUAAGUUUUAUUAUGAUUAGUACGUAUUUUCGGCAGUUGCUGUAACCGUUAACAUAAGGAAGUAAUGUGUGUUAUUUUUUUCAAAUGACCUUGAACUAUAAUUGAGCGUUUUGACUCAAAGAUUUUUUUUUCACAUUUUUCUCUUCAAUUUCUUUACAUUAACAUAACUAUAUAAAAGUCACAAAAUAAGAGUUGUUGGGAAAACUGAAAGAAAUUAUUUAUAUAUAUAUAAGUUUAAAUUUAGCGGUAAACAGAAAUGAAAAGAUGUAUAUUCUUGGGUUACUGCAGUUACAAAUGUUUUAGAAUAAAAUAAUCAACAGUACUGCUGUGUUGUGAUUAUACAGUUAACCGUUAUUGUUACAAUUUUCUCGUGUUCCAAAUUAUUGUUGAAGGCCUGCUAUUUUUAGUGACAAUAGGCUUUGCCAUUAGUUGGUCACGUGAUGUGCUUUCAAGAAAACACUGAUUUAGUCAUUGGUGAUGUUUAAUGUUAUCAGAAAUGGAAUUUACAAAUAAACGUGCAUUCAAAUUUUCAAGCUUA